AUCAACACCAUCGUCUGGUAGCUUUAGGCUUUAGCAAUGGAAAUCUCAGUCAGCCUUUUCGCUCUCUACCCCGUUGAGCAAGAACAAGCAGGCAAGCCCUCUGGAAUCAAGAUGACCGCCAUUAUCGAACAACGAAGCUGACAGGUUACGAAUAAUUGGAGAUAGGUUGAGGAAACUCGCCGAAAUCAAUUUCAGUCUAGCAACUCUAUAACUUUUUUAAGUAAAAAUAUAGUCCAUUUCUACAUUUAAGCUUUCAAAGAAAAGAAGAAAAAUGUAGCUCUAGCAUCCCACCUCACUCCCCUUUUUCCUUGCCAUUUAGAAAGCCGUCAGUAGUUCCCUGAAACAUGGAGAUGGAUUCCAUCUGUUCGGUAACCAGGACUGUUGAUGAUUAUCCUCCAAUGGGUCUUGAAUCUGGGUUCUAGCGCUGGCACUGUCAUUUAUCCCAGAACAUAUUGAGUGAAAUGGCUACCAAUGGCCGAACACAAGGGUUCUGGUGCUUGCCAACACCUAGCCGAACAAAACCAACAUCCAAUUACAUUGGGUGGUGAAAUGGCUACCAAUGGAACAAGCUCUUCUUUUCGUUUUUAACAUCUUCAGUAUCCCCCACUAAGUUUCCGAGUUUUUCCACUCCCAGGCGUGAGUUCUAGAUCAUCCACUCCUAUUUCGUGAAUCCUCUCUCCCUCCCAAGGUUUCACCCUUUCGCUUUCGAGCUCAAACUCUGAUCCCCAUCCCAGCUCAUCCCUCCGAGACAGUAUCCCCCACUAAGUUUCCGAGUUUUUUCACUCCCAAGCGUGAGUUCUAGAUCAUCCACUCCUAUUUCGUGAAUCCUCUCUCCCUCCCAAGGUUUCACCCUUUCGCUUUCGAGCUCAAACUCUGAUCCCCGUCCCAGCUCAUCCCUCCGAGACCUACAACAGCAUCCUGGCUUGAUUUUUGCUCGGUCACACACUUUACAAGGUUAAAUGUAGGCGAAGAUGGAGAAGCGAUAGGACCAACUGAACCAACUGCGGAGGCAUCAGAUUCACCACACUCGGGUAUGGUGGUAGGUGGCUGAUGGUGACGGCGAGUAGGGCUUGCAGGAGCAAAGGUUGCAAAAAAAAUGAGCGACGGAAAGAGCCCAAGGAGCUGUUGGAAAGAGAUUCCACGUCAGGGUUCAGUUUAGAGCUCUUGAAGUUGGAGAAGACAAAGGUAGCGAUUGCAAAAAUGAAGAGCUUUAAUGUAGCUAAAACUGCACUCGAGAACACAGAGGACCAGUUCUUCCAUGUAAGUUUCUAGAAUUUCUGCUUCUUAUGGCCAAUCAGAAAGUGAGGAAUCAACGGAUAUAGCAACAUCCGUCUUCAAUGCCGCUAGAUGCGUACUAUAGUGGCAACAUUUUUCCUCUUCAGAUCCGACCAUUAGGAAUAGGAUCGCGGUGGCGUUCUAUAAACUUUGGGGGUAAUUUAAGAAAUUUGCCCUAUUUGCAAUGAAGGGCCGUGGUGGAAUGUUGGAUUGCGUUGGUAUUGUUGGUAGCACGUCCCUGCCGGUCUCUAACGAGGGCUGAUGACUGGGCCGGUGGGCGAAGAAUCCAAAGUUCCAUGUUCGACGUUCCACAAAUAGAACCACCUUUCCCUCUCUUAUUUGAGAGCCUACCCGCUAGCACUCUUAGGCGCCAUUUCUACUCCUCAUUUUUGUUCUUGUCGGUAAAAUGAUUCAUCAAUCCAUUCCGAAGCCUUUUACCUCUUUGAUCUCUGUUCCAUGUCCAAAAACCAAGUUCCUAGAUUUCCAUUGCUGGCCCAGAAUUCGAUCAGAAGUCGUAGAUUCAUCAAGGAUGACCGAUUCUAGUACUUCACCUUCUUCGUUGCAUUAUAAAUUGCUUGAGUCUGAUGGGAUUUCAUCCAAGGGGCCUUACCGAAAUGGGUUGGGGCCUUACACUGGCAGAGAUCCGAAUGAGAAGAAGCCUGAGUGGUUGCGGCAGAGAGCACCCCAUGGAAAGAGGUUUCAGGAGGUUAAGGACUCGCUGUCAAAGUUGAAUUUGAACACUGUCUGUGAAGAAGCACAAUGCCCCAAUAUUGGAGAGUGUUGGAAUGGAGGUGGAGAUGGUAUUGCAACUGCAACAAUCAUGCUUCUAGGGGAUACUUGCACCCGUGGUUGUAGGUUUUGUGCUGUGAAAACAAGCAGAAAUCCAAAACCACCUGAUCCAAUGGAACCGGAAAAUACUGCUAAGGCUAUUGCAAGCUGGGGUGUAGACUAUAUUGUUCUGACAAGUGUUGACCGUGAUGACUUACCUGAUGGAGGUAGCAGCCAUUUUGCAAGCACAGUUGAAGCACUGAAGAAACUGAAACCUGAUAUCAUGGUUGAGUGCUUGACUUCUGAUUUUCGGGGUGAUUUAAAUGCUGUAACCACUUUGGUGCACUCAGGAUUAGAUGUUUUCGCCCACAACAUUGAGACUGUGAAACGGCUUCAGCGAAUUGUUAGAGAUCCUCGGGCUGGGUAUGAGCAGAGUUUGUCUGUUUUGAAACAUGCGAAGUUCUGCAAAGAGGGGGUGAUAACAAAAUCUUCCAUAAUGCUUGGCCUUGGUGAAUCUGACGAGGAGUUGAAGGAAGCUAUGGCUGAUUUAAGGGCAAUAGAUGUUGAUAUUUUGACACUUGGACAGUACUUACAGCCAACUCCCUUACACUUGACUGUUAAGGAAUAUGUCACCCCUGAGAAGUUUGAUUUCUGGAAGGAGUAUGGAGAAUCGAUUGGUUUUCAUUAUGUAGCCAGUGGCCCCUUGGUUCGGUCAUCAUACAGGGCGGGGGAGCUCUUUGUUAAGACCAUGGUCAGAGAUAGGGCCAACAAAAGCUCUAGUACAUUAUAGCGAUCAAAGCUCUCAUGGUAUCCAUUAAGGCUUAACAAGUGCAAGAAACUGCAAACGUAGGUGGAUGUGGAGCUGACAAUUUGUGCAGAUGUGUUUAUAAGUCAUUCUAAUGUUCCAAGAAGCUCAUCCAAUUGAUCAUAUUAUUCCAAGUUAAAAAGCCUUCUGCAACUAUGGUGAUAAUCAUUUCAGGGGUAUUCAUGUUAACUGUAAGGUGACAGCAGCCUAUGGUAUUGCUAUGGACUGUAUUUUCUGCUCAGGUCUGCGAUCGUGGGGGCAAACUUUACCCAGUCUUUUUGUUGGAUAUAAUAUUUUUUUUUAAGUUGGAUAUAAUUUCUGAAUGCACUUUCAUCUGUUAUAUGGUAAAAAGCAUUAGAAUGGGGCAAAAUCUGUAUGUUCUUAUUACCGCUUUUCACCCGUUCUAUGUAUCAGUGCUCUGGGGUUGUGGCCACAUUACUUUAACAUUGAUAUUUUUUUAUGAAUAGUAUUUCGUUCUGGGCCUGUGACCAGGUGUUUUUCUAUCAA